AUGCGUAUAUAUCUCGAUGGAGGAGGGAAGGGGACGACGGGGGAGACCGGUUGUGCCGUGCGAUCGCGGAAGCCACGGCUGGUGGCCGGGCCCCCGUUCCGGGCCUUCCUGGAGCGGCACUGCCCUGGCACCGGAGACGCUUCCUACCCCACCCCUUGGUGCUUCGAGGGGCGGCUGCAGACCGUCGUCCGAGUCCCGCCGCGGGCGCGAGCCCCCGUCUCCUACCAGAGGGCCGUGGCGUUGAAUGACCGGGGCUGCCCCGGGGAGGAGCUGCUGACCUACAGGGCUUCCUGCGCCGCCAACACGGAGGACCCGGAGACGGUCGCGGCCCACGUGAAACGCCGCCACCCCGACUCUCCGCUGCUGGCCGGGGGCCUAUCGCUGGGCGGGAUCCCGCCGCUGAACCACCUGGCCCGCGCCGGCCCGUCGGCGGGGCCGACGGCCGCUCUCACCCCGUCGGCGUGCUGGGACUCGUUCGAGACCACGCGCUCUCUCCGGCCCCUGCUCGACGGGCUGCUCUUCAACCGGCACCUCACCGCGGGGCUCCGCCGCCUCGUGGGACGUCACGGGAAGGUGAUGGAGGGAAAGGUGGAUGUGGACUAUGUGCUGAAGGCGCGGACCAUCCGCCAGUCCGAGCGUUACACGGCGGCCUUCGGCUACGAGGACCGUGACGCCUACUACCGGGCGGCCAGCCCAGCCGCCAAGACGAAGGCCGUCCGGGUCCCCGUCCCGUGCCUCGACGCGGCCGCCGGGAGCCCGCCCCACGUCGCCCUGCUGGUCACGGCCCGGGGCGGCCACGUCGGCUUCGUCGAAGGCUUGAUCCCCCGCAGGGACUGGUUUACGAGCCGGCUCUUUCCCCAGUUCGCCGCCGCCGCCGUCUUCGAGAAUCCGGGGGCGCCGCGGGCCCCCCCCGCGCCGCCGCCCUCUGUGGCGAGGGAGGGCCGCGGGCCGUGGGCCUCUCCAUUAAAACUCGAUUUCCGUCGGCCCGGCCGUGGCUCGUGUCCCUUCGAGGCCCCCGGCGCGGGAGGGGGGGCGGCCGAGCCGGGUUGGGGCAGUGGCCCGGCUUCCCCGCCGCCGCCUCCUCCUCCUCCCCCGUGCAGGCUACGGUGAGGACAGGGCACAGGCCUGGGGGCGUCACGCCGGUUUAAU